UAAAAGGCCGAUUUUAUUCAAAAACUAGAGUCCAAUCGAAUGAAUAAGAUGAUGGCAUUGAUACUUUAGACAGCUCUGCAAUAUGGAAACAGGAGGACCAACUUUUGGGAAAAAUAUAUGGCUUUGAACUUGUCAACUGCCGGUGCUCAUAAGGCUUUGUUUGGUUGUGUCCCUAAAAAAAAUUCCCAAAUAAGCAGGGACUUUUCUAAGCUCUGCCCAUCAUCAGGAACACAGUUUAGGUUAGCAGCAGCUCAAUCAGAAGGAAGUCAAGGAAGAGUUACAGCUGAAGAUGAGACAGAGGAUUCCGCUUUUGAUGAUGCUGGGAAAUUCACUUCUGCACGGUCGCAGCUGGGUUUAUUGGAGCAACUGACUUCAUCUGCUGCUUCUGGUUAUGAAAGUGAGUCUGGGAAAGUAACCAUACGAGAGCAGCUUGCGCAACUGGUAACAGGCAGAGAUGAUGAUUUCAUGAUUGCACUGGGUCAGAAGAAUUUGAAGAAAGUAAGCCCAAAGUUCUUGACCAUAUCUCAGAAACGCAACAUCAGAAGACAAGACUACAUGAAUCAAGUGUCCAAAAGGAAUGAUUCCCUUUUCUUUGCCACCAUUGGGGCGUUUGUGAUCCUUCCCCCUGUAGUUAUACUAGGGAUUGCUAUUUUAACUGGCAAUGUACAACUCUUUCCUUAAUUAACACAGAUACUAUAAAACAUACAAAUACUAUAGUGCUUUAGCUCAUAGCUCCUUCAAUUUGCACCA